GAAAAUAUCCAUCAAAGUGUGAGCGAGAGAAUUGGGGAAGAUGAAGACUCUAGCAGCACCUCUACGAUGCUCAAUUCCAUCAAUAACCUCACGUAUUCGAUUCUUCAUCAACAAUAAUAAUGGCCGAAUCACCACCACUUGCACAACCAAUCGCCACCUCCUUUCUCUCUCCAAAUCCUCCUCCACCAAUCGCCGCCCCAUGGCUUCAUCCACUCAAUCUCCUUCACAGAGUGCUUCAUUUGAGGAUGCUGCUACUGAUGUGUUUCAAAUCAUUAAAGAUCAUCAGGAGAAGGCUGCUAGACUGCCGCCCGUCGAAGAAGUCAAAACUAUCCUUCAUUACGGCGUUCGUGGCAUUCUUUCCACUUUUUCUCAGAAGUAUGAUGGUUACCCGUCAGGAUCAAUGGUUGACUUUGCAUGCGACGCCUCCGGAUCUCCCAUAUUAGCAGUCAGCAGUUUGGCAGUUCAUACCAAGGACCUUCUUGCUAAUUCUAAAUGCUCAUUGCUUCUGGCAAAAGACCCGGAGGAUAGAACCGAUUUGGUCAUAACUGUACAUGGUGAUGCGGUCCCUGUUCCUAUGGAGGAUAGAGAUGCUAUACGUACUGCAUAUUUGGCUAGACAUCCUGAGGCAUUCUGGGUUGACUUUGGUGACUUCCAAUUUCUUCGCAUUGAGCCAAAGGUUGUGCGAUUCGUCUCUGGUGUUGCUACUGCUUUGUUAGGGUCAGGAGAGUUCACGAAGGAGGAGUUUGCAGCAGCAAAGGUGGAUCCGAUCUAUCAAUUCUCCAAGCCUGUAACGUCUCACAUGAAUAAAGACCACCAAGAAGAUACAAAACUCAUGGUUCAAGGCUCCACGUCAGUUCCGGUGGACUUUGCAUAUAUGGUGGAUCUUGAUAGCCUUGGGUUCAAUGUAAAGGCUGGCUAUCAAGGGACAAACUUUAAGCUUCGGAUUCCGUUCCCUAAGCGCGCAGAAAAUAGAAAGGACGUGAAGACACUUAUAGUUGAAAUGCUUCAAGCUGCCAAGUCUCGAGUUAAUUAACGAGUUUCGACUAGAAGACACGUUUCUUAAACCAUAUGCGUCAAGUUAAACGUUAAUCCACUAAUACAUCAUGUUCAUUUGUCACUUGCAAUGUUCAUCUUAUGAUCUCGUUUGAUAUGAUUAUGGGUCCAUAGAUGCAUGAAUAUAGGACCUAUAAUGUACAUAUUACAGAAAAUGAUUCAAAAUCGUUGGUGUCUUUUAUUAUCGUGUCAAUUAAGAUCCGUGUCAUCCUUUUUAGAUU